CAUUUUGAGUUUGUUAUUCAUAUUCACAGGCAUUGAAUGCAGACAUGGAGCUGGGAUCCACUGUGUCGGCGGUGAAGAGCACCAGAGUGCUUCUGGGGAACCAACAAGUCGGAUCUGCCAUCAUCCUCAUACGGGAUGGGAAAAUCCAUCAAGUGCUUUCCGCUGAGGAAUUUACAGAGGACGUGGAGCCUUGUUUGCAGGUGUUGGAUGCAGGCGAUAGCGUAGUGAUGCCGGGAAUCGUGGACUGUCACGUUCACGUCAACGAGCCCGGACGCACCUCCUGGGAAGGAUUUUGGACGGCCACCAGGGCGGCGGCAGCAGGAGGAGUCACCACCAUCGUGGACAUGCCCCUAAAUAGCAUCCCGCCAACCACCACGCUGGCUAAUUUACAGGAGAAGUUGCGCGAGGCUACGGGUAAAUGCUUCGUGGACACUGCCUUUUGGGGUGGUGUGAUUCCCGGCAAUCAGCUAGAACUUCAGCCCAUGAUCCAGGCCGGAGUGGCUGGCUUCAAGUGCUUCCUGAUCCACAGCGGCGUGGAUGAGUUCCCUCACGUGAGCCACGGAGACCUUCAGGCUGCCAUGGAGCAGCUGAGAGGAACAGGAAGUGUCCUACUGUUUCAUGCUGAGAAGGAAGUUCAACAGACCAGUGAGAGCAAUGGCGAUCCUCAACAAUAUGACACCUUCCUGCAGUCUAGACCUGACAUCAUGGAAGUGGAGGCUAUCCGCAGUGUGGUACAGCUCUGCACCGAGUACCAGGUACGCUGCCAUGUGGUCCACUUGUCUUCAGCUCAGGCGCUGCCUCUCAUCCAAGAGGCCAAAAAGGGCGGGGCCCCCCUGACGGUGGAGACCACCCACCACUAUCUGAACCUGAGUGCAGAGGGCGUACCAGCGGGGGCCACGCAGUUCAAGUGUUGCCCACCCAUCCGAUCAGCUCACAACCAGGAUCAGUUGUGGGCGGCGCUGAAGGAGGGCCACAUUGACAUGGUGGUGUCGGACCACUCCCCCUGCACGCCUGACCUUAAGAAACUGGACCUUGGAGAUUUUACUCAAGCCUGGGGAGGAAUUUCAUCUCUCCAGUUUGGCUUGCCUCUGUUCUGGAGCGCAGCCAGUCAGAAGGGCUUUCAGUUUGGGGACGCCGUACGCCUCCUGUGCAAAAACACGGCCCAGCUCUGUGGCCUCGGCCAGCAGAAGGGCAGCCUGGCACCGGGUUACGACGCUGACCUGGUCAUCUGGGACCCUGAGAGAGAAUUUGAGAUUAAAGAAGAAGGCAUACAUCAUAAGAACAAGCUAACUCCGUACCUGGGGGUGCCUCUCCGAGGCGUGGUGAGGUCCACCAUCGUGAGGGGACAGCUGGUGUACCGCGACGGCUCCUUCAGCACAGAGCCCCUGGGGAAGACCCUUCUUCUCACCCCGAGAACCAUCCCUCAGGAUGACGCAUGAAGACGAGGACAUGAAACCAAGUAUUUUUAAAAUAUGAUUAUAGCCACAAAAAUAUAUAACCAGACAGUAGAAGCACUAUAUUAGAUGUAGUUACUUCUGACGUUCAUGUUCUGGCUGUCAUGAGAUGGUGAGAGUCCAAGUUAGAAUAUGCUACUUUUUAACCUUUCAAAGAUAAAAGUAUUAACAUAAAUAUAUGAUGGAAUAUGUACCCAUUUUACUAUGUAAAAUAAAUGUAUA